GCUGCAAGAAGAAUUCCAUCAGCUUCGUGAUUGCUGCAGUCAAGGCGACGAUCCGAAUACUCUACGAUGUUCCGCAACUCAUCUUGCUACCCGCGGUUGGCUCCGUUGUUCGUGGGGUGAUCCUGAUCAUCUUCCUGUGGGGUGGCGCGCUGCUGAUCUCUGCUGGAGAAGUUGAACAGGUUGAUCUGACCCAGUAUGUGCCCAAGGGCAUUGCCAGAUCAUUUUCGCACACUCAAGAUCAAACGCUCUACAUUGUGUACUACUGCUUCUGUGCGCUUUGGAUGUGGGAGUUGUUACUUGCGUUGGAGACUUUCGUGGCUGCCUACACAGUGACAAUUUGGUACAAUGCCCCGCUGUCAGACGGGAAGAAGCGUGUGCCCUGCUUCCCUGUUGUCCGUGCCUUCUUCGUCGGACUCACAUACCACCUGGGAAGUCUGCUGUUUGGAGCUAUCAUCCUGGCGCUCUUCCGCGGUGCUUACAUGAUUCUCUCCUUCUUCCAGACACAGGUCAAGGGUAACGACGAGGAUGAGAACAAUGAUGUCGCGCGCACUACAGCCGCCUGUUGCUGCUGCUGCUUGCAGUGCGUGGAGCAGAUUCUGCGAUACCUCAACAAAGGAGCAUAUGUCAUGAUUGCCGUCAACUCCGACAACUACUGCAAUGCAGCAGACAGGGCCUUGCGUCUCAUGGCCUCCAACAUCCUUGAGCUCGGACUCCUGAAUGGAGCAACAGUUCUCUUCCAGGUGCUGGGGAAUGUGGCCAUCCCUGGACUUGGGGGCUACUUUACGUACCUCAUUGUGCGUCACUUGGAGCAGUUCAAUGAUCCCACUUCAGAGCACUUUGUAGCGCAGCCCGACAUGGUGGCAGUCGUGGGCGCUGUGAUAUGCUUUGCGGUCUCGUUGGCCUUCAUGAGCAUCUUUGACACGGUCUCCGAUGCCAUGAUUUACGCGUAUAUCACAGAUGAGGAGUGGAGGCGAGAGAACCGUCUGCCUCCGAACCCCAACAUCCCUCCGAACUUGAAGAGUCUUCUUCCAGAGUCCCAGCAGAUUGAAAACGAGUAG